AUGAUUGAACCGAGGGUAUUUUCACCCUAUUUCUCCGCAUAUUUGACAAGUCAUAAAGUUGACAAGCGCCCUUGCGCAGCAUACGACCUUGGUGAAUCAGCUCUUGCAACAUACCAAGAUGCAGCGUGCCCCAGACGAAAUGUCCUGAAAUGUGGUUUGCUAGAUGGAGAGACAACAUAUGCAUGUGAGUGGCUGUUCAAGGCCUUUUUACAAGCCAUGGAUGGAAAAGCACCAGGAACCAUAUUUACAGAUCAAGCCCAAUCAAUUGCUGCUGCGAUUAGUGCAGAUUUCAAAAGAUGCAUAUAUGAUCCAGAAAGUGUUGAAGAAUUUGAAUCAAGUUGGAAUAAGUUACUUGAUGAUUAUGAAUUAAGAGGAAAUAAUUGGCUAGAAGGGAUAUAUCUAUUACGUGAGAAAUGGGCACAAGUUUAUGGUCGAGACCACUUUUGUGCAGAGUUCGUCGUCCAAUAUGAUAAAACAGUAGCGGAUCGAAAAGAAAAGGAAAGACAAGCAGAAAAUGCAACUAAACAGAAAUGGCGUAGUUUGUAUUCUGAUUGGAAUGUGGAGAUUGAAGCAACAAAGCAGUAUACAAUAUUGUGCAGUUGCAAAAAGUUUGAGUUUGAUGGGAUUCUUUGUGCACAUGCUCUAAAGUUAUACAAUGAUUUAGACUUGUCAAGUAUACCAUCCAAUUAUUAUUUGAAAAGAUGGAGCAAGGAUGCUAAAUGUGGUAUUGGAUUUGAUUCUUAUGAUGAAUCGACUUUGGAGAAAAAUUUGGAUAAGCAUGCCAAUUUUGGAGAACAAGAUGAUGGAACAAAUGAGGUAAAUUAUGUUAAGCAUGUGACUGAAGCUGAGAAAAAUCUUAAGAUCCAAGAUCCAAAAGUUCAGAAGUCCAAAGGUCGGGGCAAAGGUAGAAUGAAGAGUGCUUUGGAAUCUAAUCAACCUAAAAAGAAAGAUCCAUACAGGAGAAAAGCUUUUAAAGAAUCCAAUUCAAAUGCAUAUGAGAUGAAUGGACCAUCAACAAGAUAUGCACAAACUCAUGUUUAA